AUGGCCGCCCAGAUAGCCCAGUGGCAGAGCGCCUACGGGCCGCGCGAGACGGACAAGGACGGCAAGCCUGUGCCCGUGCCCGAGUACCCGAAGCCGGAGGUCGUCGACCCGGCCGCGCAGACGGACAAGAAGAAGACGGUGGUCCGAGAGGGCGGUGGCAAGAAGUGGACCGACGAUACACUGCUGGAAUGGGACCCCUCUCAUCUCCGCCUGUUUGUGGGAAACCUGGCGGGAGAGACGACGGACGAGUCGCUGCUCAAGGCCUUUAGCCGCUGGAAGUCGGUGCAAAAGGCGAGGGUCAUCCGCGACAAGCGCACCACCAAGUCCAAGGGAUACGGCUUUGUCAGCUUCAGCGAUGCGGACGACUUCUUCCAGGCCGCCAAGGAGAUGCACGGCAAGUACAUCCAGAGCCACCCGGUCGUCGUCAAGAAGGCCAACACCGAGAUCAAGGCCACCACCAUCAAGAAGAAGCCCAACAACAACAACAAGAAGGGCGGCCACCAGAGCGGCAAUCCCGGCAGCGGCCCUGGCGCCGGAGGCCACGAGCCGAAUCUCGGGCCAAAGUCCGGUGGCGGCGUGACCAAGAGCGGGCAGAAGACGAAGAAUGGCUUGCGACUUUUGGGUUAA